AAAAAAAAAAAGUAGCAUCCAUUUUUAGGAUUCAGUGUACUAGAGGCUGAAAAGGAAAACACAGCAGGCAUCUGUCCUUCCCCUGACAAGCUUACAGUGUUACUCGAAGGAGGAGAACUAAGGCAUGUGGAAAGGAAGGGGGGAAAAAGGAGUUAAAGUACUUGCGGUUGCAUGUAUGCACGCUGUUUAAUUUUGUGUGUUAAUUUAACAACAGUGGCUGACACUACUGUUUUUAAAUAAAAUAGUAAAUUCAGCUGUCCCUCAUUUACACAAAGCCAAAUUAUGUUUCUCUCAGUCAUUGCCAUGGGCACUCCUAUGCUAUCCUACUUUUCAGGCCCUGGAUCACUGAAGGCAAAUACCCAGUGGGAUGCUAGUUCUCAGAGCUGUAUGUAUCCUGCAGAUGGGAGUUCAAAAGCCAGUUUGCUGGCUGGAAACUUAUACAUGGAUCUUAACAAUGGAACAUAUUUAUACAGAGUUCUGGUAUGCUCUCUAGCACGUUUGAUGUUUUGCCUCAGGCUCUGGAUACUUUGAGAAAUCCUGCCCUACAGCCACAGUCCAUAUCCUCAUGAAAUACCUAGCUGCUUGUACGUUGUUUCUGACUGUUGUGAUGGAGAGACACUACUUGCCCAACCUGCAUCAUGAGACUUGUACUGUAAGCACCUUCAUACCAAAGCAGGAGAGUCUGCAGUGCAUGCACAGGAUAAAAUGCAGAGUGAGAAUAAAGUAAAUGGCUCUUGUGGUUUUUCUGAGGGUUGUUUUUUUAAGAAUCAAGUUUCUGUGGCAUUUUUGGGGACAACCUGUUUUGAGAUUACUAGGCCGAGUUUUUCAUAAACCAUUGUCUUCAUAAUCUGUUUAGAACACAACUUUCACUGCCUUCCACUGCAGCUGCAGGCACUAUUUCUGCAAAUCACUCCUUGUAGACCCAUGUCAAAGACCUGGAAAAUUAAUGACCUCUUCUGUAGCAUUCAGUUUAAAUGACACAGAUCUCUAGUAGAAUCUGAGUCCUCUAGGACAGUGUUCCAUUAUCUGACUCAAAAGAUUGGUUUCUGAAUGACUAAAGGACUUGUGGAAUAAGUAAUCAAGAAAUCGGGCAAAUUUGGGAAGAGUUCACAGGAAUGACAGCUCUACCACUACCCCUGUCUAUUUUCAAUUCUCCAUCCCAAAGGACAGGGCUUCAAAACUCUAGGAAAAGGAAAAGUCCGCCGGAAUCUUUUGACACAGACAAAACUUUUUUUACAUUAACCUUUAUUUUUCUGAAAUGGCUGUGCUGUUUUGAAUGAAUAAAAAGUGAAGGAACAAAACACUGAAGCAGACACUAACUUGUAAAAUUUCAGCCCAAACAAUGGCAGUUUGGCAAAGUCGUAAGUUGUCUUAUGUAGAGGAGUUUGUCUUAUAAUGGCAAGUGUUUGGCAGCAUGGUGAAAUGUGAUCCUACUCAUUCUGCCAAUAGUAAAAUAUGCUGGAUUUGAGUUAGCAUUUGUACCUACUGACAGCAGUGUCGGUGCUUGUGUAAAUUAACAGAAGAGUUGUCUUGCUUCCAAAUCAAGUGUUGUUAGAGAACUGUUAUCACAGGUCUUACCAGCCCAAUCGAGGCCUGAGAUGACAAAUACUACUUUUGAUCAACCUGAUAAAUGCUGAUCAAAUUCUGUGUUUGCUUUUUAUUUAGUAGGAAUAAUUACCCUUGUGUGCAUAUCAAAGCCUGGUGUUCUGUUUCUGACAGUGGCAAAACCAAAGGUGUGGUGAAAGGCCCAGGAGCAGGGCAAGGAUGAAGACAUGGCUUUCCCAGAGUAUUCUCCUGAUCUUCAAUAAUUCACUUGUCAAAGGCUUCCUGAGCCAGUCAUGGUGGGUUUGUAUUUGCUAACCUUUACUGGACUUUUUCCAUAACUUUUUCCUGUGAUCUCUUGGGCCUUUGUAAACUCUUAAGUGUCUAAACACCCUGUUGCAAGGAGUUCCACAGUAGAAAUGUGUGAAAAAUAGGUACAUUUCCUUCUUGAGCCUGUGUCCUUAUCAUUUCAUUUCACAUCUUCAGCUCUUUUAUUGGAAGAGGCAGUAACUACCAGUCUGUUCAGCUUCGUCUUGUCAGUCUCCAGCCACUUCAGUGUAGAUAUUACCUGCAUGCCAUUCAGUUGCAUCUCCCUUAUCUACAUAUUUAUUGAUCCCUUCAGAGAACUCCACUUGCUUUGUGGAGCUUUGUUUCCUUUUCCAAGUUGUGUUGCCUCUUCACCAAUACGUUGUAUUUUGUUCACGUGUCCUCCUACCACUCCCCCAUCCCCCCGUUGUUAUUCAAGUUUAUGCUGACUUGCCCAAUGUAGAUGUCAAGCCACUGUACUUUGGUGGACUUUGGGAAUUAAUUGUUAGGAAAGAAAUAAAACAGGCAGCAAUCUGUGGUGUCCUGUCUCCUCAAUACCGUACAAAAGAUACAUGUAGAAUGGCAAAAAUACAGAACAAGGUGAUGAAUACGAAAAAGGUAGUGAAACAGCUUCCAUGGAAGGAAGGCCUAAGUAAGCUUAGACUUUUCCGACUGGUAAGAGGCUACAAAAGGGAGAAUACAAUAGAGGUUUCAUAUCACAGACAGGGGAUCAUAAAGGAAUGGCAUAGAUGGGAUGAAGGGGGAGCAAAAUCAUUAGCUGAGAGGAAAGAGAAAUAGUGGGAGAUGUGUUCAGAUGGGUUGUUAAUAAACCGUGAAAUUAAGCUGUGGAACUCCUUGCCAUGGGGUGUUGUGAGUAAGAAAGCUUACAUGGGCACAAGAGAGGGCUACCAAAUUAGUGGAAAGAAGGGCUAUUAAAUCUGCCUAGCUCAGGAAGUCCCUAAAUCACAAAUGGUGAUACUUCCCCAAAAUACUACAUGCUUUCCCUCCUCAUGAUCUGCUGUCAGCUGUUACUGAAGCAAGGAUGCUGGGCUGGAUGGGCUUCUGCUCUGACCCGCUAGGACCAUCGUUGUGUUCUGAUGAGUAUUCAGGGACCUCAGUAUUCCGAGGAGUAUUCAGAACUGGAACAAAUCACCCUGGCUGAGUCAAAUGCCUUGCUGUCACAGAAACCAUGUCUGUCUUUGUGAACAUAUAUAGAUCCACUUGUGAACUAGUUUCAUUUUUUCCUCUGUCCACAUCCCUAUCUUCUGACGUGUAAACUUAAAGCCAGUGUUUUAUUGUCUAGGAACCCUUUUAAUUUCCAGCCUAAACUUACUUUUGAUAAGCUUACACUUAUUUAUGCCAGCCCUGCUGAUUGUCUCAUUGGUGUACUUCCUAAGACCUUUUGUGGUUUUUUGGUUGUUUUGUUUUUUGUUUUUUUUAAUCAGAUGUUUUGUUGUGCUAUCCCAAAUAGAUUUUUUUGUGAAUAUGUAUUACCAGAUUUAUACACGGUGUUCCCAGCAAGAUCUUGGUAGUCCACUGUAGUGGCAUCCGUAUGUCCCUUUCUGCGCUGGAAAUACAGCUGCUUUGUUGAAUCAUUAUAUUUUCUUUCUUCUGAACCAGCUCUCUUUAGUGAGUUUUACUAGCUGCUUAUAGGAUGGUUCUUCUCUGCUACUUCCAACUAAUGAUUUGUCUCUUUUCAUUAGAAACCACUAGUCUCUUAAGUGCGUUACUCUGUCCUUUGUUGUUACUUUUCAUCCCAUUUCUGUUGCAGCUGUCCUUAAGAUUUGUUGCAGUUUUUGUGUGUUGUUUCAGUCUGCACUGUACUUCUGGUACCUCCUAGUUUAGUAUUUUCUACACAUUUUAGUAGUGCUUACUUAAAGGCAUAAAAAAAAUUCUAAAUGAAAAUGUUGAAUCAAAAAAGACUGAAGACCAGUCUUGGCAGAAGUCCAUAAAUAACAUCCUUCCACCUUUCAGAAAGAAAUCUGGUGUCAUCUCUUCUUUAUCUGCUGCUUUUCCUGACAUACUAUUCUUGAACUAACCCCUCUCUUCUCAGCACAACAAACUACUGCUCAGGUGGUAGCAUAUCAGAUUUCUUACUGUGUGAGACUAGAACUGUCAUGGUUCCUUUGUAGAAACACUAUUUUGUCAUGCUGAAGAAAAGUUGGAUGUUUGACAUGGUUCAACUUUUAAAAAUCAUGUUACGUUUUAUUCGAUUUUCUCUUUACCUUCAUGUUUUCAUUCUUUCUUUGAAAACAUGCUCCAUGCCAGAGGCCAUGCUAUCAUCAUGAAUUGUAUGUCCACAUAACUUUUCUCCAACUUUGCUCAAUAUUGAAAUGAGGCAAAAAGUCUUUGUUUGGAUUUGAUGCUGUUCUGAGACUCUUCCAUCUCAUCACAUGGCGGCCUUGCUUCCUGUUAAAUCAGAAGAUAGUAUUUCAAUAUGACAGGUAAGGUUAUAUAAGUAUAGUAGAUACUUUUCUUAAUUCACUUUUCAGGAGUCCCUGUGUUGGCCUCUGUGGUUGGUAGCCACCUCUGGUGCAGAGGACUGUAAACUUCUACCUUAUUUUCACUGUAGUGGGAAUAGUGAGUUGAAAGAGUUGCCCAGUGCUUUUCUCUGUUGUGAUUGUUUGGCAGACUUAGUUCUGACCAAGUUUAUUCAAGGAAAUACAUGCACUGCCAAUAAUAUGAACUUGGUCAUUUAGUACCUCUUAUCACCCCUGCUAAGGUGAGAGCAUCUCACAGUGCCGUGAUACUCCAUUAGUCUGUUGUGCUCAGUCUGUUCUGCCGGGUUGGUUCCCCUUGCCACCCUCUUGGACAUGGGGUCUGCAAGACGGAGGUGGUGCCAACUCCCUCUGUUUAGCAGGGUGCUGAAAUUUCUGCUGUUCCUGACUCUGAAUGGCUGCUCAAUCCGGUUAGUGCCAAGAGACCAUAGGAAAUCUGUGGGUGCAGUUUCUCAGUGAUAAGCAGUUUGGGCUAGAGCUGCGGGAAUCCCAGCCUGCCCAUCCCUGUACCUGAGAUGGCUCUUCUCUACCUCCUCUUGUGCUGGCACUAAGCCACUGCAUGGAAAUGGGCGGCAUUUUUUCUGUAGGGUUAAUUUGACCAUUUUAGCUCUGUAGGGUUAAUGUGACUGUUUUAGCUCUCUGGCCUGAUACACUAUGUGGCCAGACAAGCACCAGCACGAGAAGGAAAGGGAGGGAGGAAGAAGCAUCAUACCUUCAACUGUUUCAAUGUGGAGGCAUGCUCAAAAUAACUAAGCUCUGGACAGGCUGACAGAGUGCCGUCCUGUGCUUCCAUCAACGUGACAGCUGGACAGAUGUGUCCAUCUCCAAUCCCAAAGCGUUGGCCAAGGUGCUGUGCCAAAGCGUUUACCCCCUGUCUCCAAGCUGCUCUUGGGCACUUGAGCCUGGCACUGCUUUUGCCACGCAGCCCAGCCUCUAGCAAGGAGGUGGCUUGUGUCCGGCCAGCUUGGGGUGUUGGCUGAGCACAGUUGCUUCUGCCUAUGGUUGACCCAGUAAACAAGGCAUUUGCUUAGGUGGAGUUACCUAAUUCUGGAGAUAGCUGCUUUGCUUUUGGGAUUGGGUCCAGAGAUGAGAAGGUAACUGCUGAAGCUGCUUGCCAAGGCAGCCGUCAAAUCUGAUGAAGGAUCAGGCCUUGAGGUUAACUGGCAGCAAUUAUCUGUACCAUAGCUAUAUCCAUGCCAAAACCCUUCAGUGUUUUUUUUGUGUUGGUUUUGGUUUUUUUUUUUUUAAAAAAAAACCUGAUGUCUCACAGUGCUGGUUUCUGUGGCCCUGUAAUUCAAGGGAAGUAUCAGCCCUUGUCUUUGCAAGUACAGCCUUUUGGGUACAAACCCUAAAGUUUUGGUGACAACUGUGGUAACAAUGAGACUGAAAUACAGAUGUCUUGACACGUUCUCAUGUUCGCAUUUGGGAUGCAGGCUCCUCUGAAAGCACCCCCCUGCUUUGGUAAGGAAACAAAUGAUUUCAGAAACGGACAUGUUGAAGUCAUCAGGGUGUUGUACCUGUUUUGGUAGCCUUGUGUCGUUUUUCUUAGCUGUUCUUUCACAUAACCCUAACUCUUUUUGAUCAUUUUGUACCUGGCCCUUUAGCAGAUACUUCCCCCAGCACUAGUCGUGGUGGCAGCUUGUGCUAACUGGCGGGGCUGGGAGAAAGUGGUGUGUUUGGGGAGAGGGUGGAAGAUUAUUAUUGCUACGGGUCAGCAGUAAGUGUAUUGUGUGUGAUCAAUAGUAUGUAACAACUGUGGUUUAGUUAAGAUGAGCUUCCAGCUCUCUCUGCAGGAGAAGGGGAUGCAUACCUUUCUUUACUCCAGCAGAUUUGCACAAUAUGGUAGGAGGCAGGAAAGAAAUGUAAUUUCUACAGCCAAGUUUCUGUGUUACUUUCUCAUGUUUUCUUAAUGACAGACAGCUUGGGUGGGUGCCGUGCUGUCAGACUGUAUUACCCAGCAUUAGCUGGUCAUGAAUCUGCGUUUCGUGUUCACAAGUAUUUAUUUUUUCUUAAAGACUGCUUGUUUGUGCAGUUACAAUGAUGGCACAGGCACGAGUCUCCACAUCUCCCUUGCCUGCCCUCUGGUACUCAGAUUUGGGUAAGCAGGGCAGUUGCAGUUUGAAAUUUGUAGUUGUAAUACUAUCUGCUAGAAGUAAAGAAAAAAAAAAUCCUGCUGAAACAAGUAGUGUAGACCACACUAGAUCUGCUUCAGAUAAGUAUGCCCAUUAUUGUGUGCAAUUAGACCAAGCGUUUUAAAGGAUUAGUAGAUACUAUAUUUUAAGAGAUUGGUUAGUGGUAGGAAGUAAGGCUGCCAGUGAAAUUUUUCUUCUAGAGGCCAAAUGCAAAGAUCUCUUAUUAAAAUUUAUCCAGUUGUUUAGCUUUUCUUAACAGAAGGUUCAUAGGUCAUAGAAACAAGUGCGGUAUGAAAUUUCAAACCCAAUAGUCACCUGCUUUUAAAGAAAAAUAGUAAUAUUCCCUCAUUUUAGAAGGCAGCACAGUUAUUUAACUACUGCUUUGUGCUGUCAAAAUAUGUUCCUGUUUGUUUACAUUCGUGUGUAUUCUAAACUGUUUUGAUUUCUGAUUUGUUAAUUUUAUUUUUAGCUGUAGAAGCCUAUACAGGCUCCCAAGGAUUUCAUUGGCUUUUUUUCUAGCCAGUUUUUCCUAGGAAAAGGUGACCAUACCAAGGCUGUGAAUAAUCCUCACUGUAUUCAAAUCUGUUGGGCAGUGAGCAUUGCCUUGCAAUUUGUUAACACUGCUGCUUUGCCUCUGCUUUGCUUCAUUUGACUUUUUAGGCCCUCUUCUCCUCUUCACAGGAUUCUCCAUUUUGGGAAUUUUUUUACCAACUUGUCACCUGCCAGAUAAAGGGGGGGGGGGGGGAGAUUGCUUGCUUGUAACUGUUUUAUUAAGAGCACCUUGUUCCUAAUACACCUAUAAUUUGUCUCUGUUUCCUCUUCCUUAAACUCCUUUUGCCCCUAUCUCCGAACCGCCAAACCUUCAUCCUCAUCACUCCUCCCUCCCCAGUCUCUGGUUUUGGAAGAAGCCGGGAGGCGUGGUUAGAUGCCAGAAGAGCUCAGUUAUUACUUACGCAGGGAAACUUCAUCCUGUCCAACAAGUAUGCUAUUUGUAGCCUUGAGGGAUAUAUCUAAAGGGCACAGAGUUUCCACUCAAAAUUUAAGUAGAUUAGAUUAUGUAUACAUAUUUGUUGUGACUUGGCAGGUAUCCCAGUGCCCGAGGUCUUAAAACAUAUACUUUGCUAUACGCAAGGCAAGCUCAACUGCAUGUUUCAAAAGAUGCUCUGGAGAGGUGGGAGGCUGCUGUCUGGAAUUCACAAAAGUGUUAUCCUCUCUAGAUCUGAUACGACACAGGAAUUCUGACUACUGUUCUGUCAAGUCCUGUAUUUUCUCUUGAUAUUAGCUGCUAUCAGAUGCUUCAAGGGGUGGUAUAAAGAUCCUCUCUUAUUUAACUUUCUGCUGGUUUGGAUUUUGUCCUGAAAAAAGAGGGUUGGUAUAAUUUUUCCUGAAGCCCUCUUCAAAUCGCAUUAUAAUUCUGCAUGAUCCAGUUAUCUAUGUUAAGUCUUGUCUGUCUAACUGUAUGCUACCUUCUGGCAGUAAAUCUCACAGGCUAAUACUUUGCUGCUAGAAAUAAAGUAUUGGUGUUUAUUAGUUUAAAAUUUGCUAUGCUGUGGUUUUAUUGAAUGUCCCUCACUGUCGUAAGAACAGAUGAAACCACCCAAGUGAGUUACUCUACUGCUAAUUACUAUAAUAGUUUUAUCUUGUUGUCUUGUUUAAAAAAAAACAUAAAAAUGCAGCCCCAGAAUUCAGGUGCUGCAGAUAGGCUGGAGUGAACUGUGAAGUUAAAACAGCUGUAUUUUAUGAAAAUCUGUUUGGUAUGGCACUUUUCCUUAUAAGGUCCAAUGACCAAUUGUUUUGAUUAUUUAGAAGGAAAAAAUUCCAUGAGAACUGUUACUGAAAAUGACUAACUUGGCAUUAGUGAUCUGUCGCUCUCUUACAGCAUUUGAUGCAAUACUGAAGUUAAUUAAGAUAGCUGAAAUAUCCAGUUAGCCACUCAGUGCUUCAGCUGUUCAUGUGACAUGUUUAUUACAUUUUCUUGUAAAUUGCUAAUGAUAUCUGUAAAUAAAUACUCCUCCUGUUUGUAGUGCUGUCUUCUUAACAUCCAGGCCUUUGUAAAUAAAGAACUGCCUGUGUAUCUAAUAGAAAACUCGAACACUUGAUUCAGAGUGCACAAUGACCUAUGGGCUUUUGCAGCAAAGAGCUGAAGUGAUUCCUCAGGUUUUGCCAUUAUAGCAGUGAAACCUUUGAAGGAGCGUGGUGCUGCGAUUGCUAGAUGGAUGGUGGAGGAUCUGCAAGAGCAGAGUGGCUAGGGCUGCACGUUAGAAACUAGGGAUGGUCAGGCCAGGUUGCGAGAGAAGGGCAUCCUUGACAGGUAGGCUGGAUUUAGUUAAGUGGUUUUAUUUCUUUAUUUAACUAAGGAUUGGGGGUUGAUAAAAAUGCACUAGCUGAUAUGCAGUAGAUAUGAGGUGCUUUUGCUCAAAAUUGUGGAGGGGUAUGUGACAGAGAUGGGACCAGGACUUAGCAGAUCUGAAAUGUAUGUCCACUUGACCCGUUCUUUUGGCAUCUCAGUGGCUUAGAGAAGAUAUCCUUGAAAACAGUUGCUACAGUUGCUCAAACCCAUUUGUGUUAUCUAUUAGAGUAGUCUCUUAAAAGCAGAGGAUGAGGAAUAAUCUGUUGCGGGGAUUUUUUUUUACCUUCUGCAUGAUAUUCUUCCUGUAUGUUGAGAAAAAGAUUUGUCCUAACAAACAGAAACUGCAUGCAAAAUGUACUGCAUUCUGGUUUUCUACUUCUGUUUUGCUUUUCUAAGUAUGGAAACAUAGGAUCACUCAAGCAGAUAAUAGGUAGAAUUGUCCCUUUGUGAACCUUAAAAUGGAGGUAGUGAGAAAGAAUGUCUAGGCUGUUGAUCACUGGGAAAUAAUUAACAAAGACAGUUUACUAUGGCUUAGUCCACAGUAGGAUGUUACCUUGAACACACUUCAGUUCCUCUUACAGCAUCAUGUGUCCAUGCUGAACUUAAUUCGCAAAGUUAUAUCAAAAAGGACUACUUAUGCAGUAAGUGCUGGAAAUGCUUGUUGCGGUGAGUUAGUUUCCACUCUAAGGUUUCUUUGGGUUAAUUGCUUAUAAUGUGCUGGAGUUUGUAUUUCUUCCCACCUGGCUCACUACCCAUGUCCUCCUUUACUCCAGGAUCAUCCUGACUGGAGGUAAAUGCUCCAUACAUGUUGGCAGGUAGCGAAGAGUGCUGCUCUUUGUGGUGGGGGUUGUAAGCAAGUUAGUUGUAACAACUGAUUAGUUUUGAAGAGUCUGCCAAGGCUGGUGGCCUGCGGUUCAUGUAUGUCUGACCCUACUCAGAUACGAAUCGUUACGGGACGGACAGGUACAGGUCACUGCCCACAUAAACGAAAGGAAGAGAGCACACCUGGACCUGGCCUCGGGGAUGAAUCAACACAAAGGACCACAAAGGAUGUAGCAGAAGACAAAGAAACACAACAGGAUUCUUGAUCAGUGCCCUCAUACGUGCUCUGGGCUGUGGUUUUGCAAGUGACAUUGCCACCGAAUCCAGGAGUGAUUCAUUUUUUUUUCCCCCGGAUGAUGCACAGUGCCACAGCAGAGGCCUGAGGUAACCGGGUAAAAACCCAGCAAAUAAAGGUCAGUAGCCUCACCUAUGCCAUAGUGUCCAGCUGGGCCUGGGCCUGCUGCAAGCACUGUGACUCAUCAGACGUGAACAAUACCCAAGAAACGGCUACAGGAUCCUGCAGAGGCUGGAGGAGGAAUCCGAUCCACACAUAAAAAAGCUGCAGCCCAUAUGAAGCGGGGAAUUAUUAGCUAAAAGAUAGCCGUCAGAUUUCAGAAGAUAAACGAAAGGUGGAUCUGAACCCUGAAAUUGUCAGCUCAGCUCAGCAGGAGUUUGCAAAGUCAGAGUGGUGAAAGGAGGGUUUCCUGGAGAACUCCCAGAAGAUUGAAAUGGAUUAUGCGAUUCUGGAAGGGGACGAGAGACAGGCAAUACAAAGGUGCUAAACAUAAACAGUUGUAACAAAACACUGGUCAUGCACUUUACCUCCAACACCCUGCAAAACAUAGAAGAUGUUCCAUGUCGAGACCACUAUGUCAGUUGAGCUAAUUAGAAAUGUUUCCUGACAGUAUUCAGGAUCUUGUACAUCAUCUAGAGCAGCACUCCUCGCAUGACCUACUUUGUUUUUAAGGUCAUUAUUUUUUCAUUGAAAAAGCACCAUCAGCUAAAUCAGUAAAUAAAUCCAUUUUUCUAAACACCUGUCUGAAAAAUUAAUUGAACACAUGACUAUUGUAAAACUCAUCUCUUCACAACUUUUUAAAAAUAAAAUUAAAAUAAAACAUACCUUUUUGAUUGCAAAUUUUUUGCUAGCUUACAGCUACUUUCCCACAGGGUGAAAGGAGCUCAAGCAUCUUGUCAGAGAGCACUUUAGAGGAAUACAUUCUCCGGGACUCACAAAAGCAUCUCCAUUUCAUGUUCCAUCUGCCCUCCAGGAUUUUUUCCCAUAACGUGCAUGAAACAUUGAUGCAUACCAUACAGUCAUAAGACUAUUUUUAUUCCAUCUUUUUUGUCACCAUCUUCCUUCCACCUUUCUGGAAGCCUGUUCCACUGGCAGUCUGCAGCUGUUCAAGGCAAAGUCUUGCAUGUGUUUUUCUCCCAUUGCUUAAUCUAGGCUUGGAAAUCAGGGAAGUGGAGUCUACUAAGUUGCUUUAAAAAAAAAAGAGGAGAGCACUUAAAUGCCCUGGUGUCUUGGACUGUGGAGGACAAAAAUUACCUUGCAGGACACAGGUCUUUCAUCAUAGACCAUCCAUUAUUAGUAUUGAUGAAUGCUUACUGUGAUAAACUGUGUCCAGCAGGACUGUGAAGGAGUAUGCCAUUGUGUUGAUAAAGUCUUAAGCCUGUGUGUUGGGGAGGUGGAGCUGGGGUAGAGUAGGGCAACAGGUAUGCGUCUCACAACCAGCUUCUGUGCCAGUAGGGAAUCCUAUCCCUUCAAAGUUAUCCAUUACCUCCUGUGCAUUGACAUGACAUGGAGAAACCUCCUCAUGCUACUGUCAGCCUUCCUGGCUUGGUUGCCCUGCCCAUAACAAGCUGAUAAUGUCGUGAUUUAAUGGUAAAGUUGUUUGGUGACUACAUCAUUAUGACAUUUCAUUAGGCUGACAGGAGCUCACAGAUUGGUUUUCUGUUGGUGCAGCUCCAGGGCAGAAUCUGUAUGGACUUCUGGCAGGUUCUGCCUUUGCUGCCUGAAACUGAAUCCAAUAGUUGCUGCCAGUCACCUGAACCCAAAAAUUGUACUCCAGGUGACUCUUCUGGAUACUAACUGCCUGGCUUCAUCUCCCUCUGCUAUGUUCAAUUGUGUAGCUCUAAAUUAUGCAUGACUGCUUUUACUUGUUCAUUAAUCUGGCAUCAAAUGUCAGAAUUCUUACAGAUUCAGAUGUGCAUCCCAAAAUGCAUUGCAUGACAGACUGGAACAGAGCACUGUAAAUGAACUGCUCAACACACCAAAUGGGAGAUGGGAACAAAUGCAGGGCUAUGUACUUACCUCAUUAACAAGGAUGCUGUCAUAGCAAAAUCGUAUGCAAACACCCCAUGAAGUCAUUCUGAUUAGAGUAAGCUGUUGAGGUGUAUGUUAACAUUAUUGCAUAGACAAAGCUCGUACGUGAACAGAGUCAGAAAUACAUUCAGUGUCUGCACUGUGCAGGUUCUGAAAGGCUCGCUGAUUAUAGCUUUGAAGAGGGAUUUGCUUUGGUAUUAGCCUAAGUAUUCUGCAUCUUUAGUUACCCUUUCCUAAGGCUUUUGUGUUUUAGCUCAUAAGGUCAUUGAUAUAAUCAUCCAGCAUCACAGCUGUAGGAGUAGUAGCAAAGGCUAUCGUGACUAAACAUGAUAUUUUUUAUGUAAUGUAAAGUUACAAUAAUCUAUGAAGUAUUUUCUUUUCAGAUAGAACAGCAGUUCCUCGACUGUAGGGUGUAUUGGAAGAUUAGCGGCUGCUUGGAAAUUGGGCACUCUUUUCUUACUUGUUGCCUUUCUUUGGGGACCGGGAUAAGAGGCAGAGGAGAUGGGGACAACCAGGAUCAGCAUUUUAAUUGGAAUAGCUCCAAUAAAUCAUAUGAAAAUCCAAGGUUACAAAAAAAGCAGUGCUAAACCCUGUCACAGCUUUUGCCCCCAGGCAGUGUUGUUCAGGCAGUGUGAUUCAGGGCAGGACUGGGCUUCCACUACAUUCUUUGGACUGCUGCAUAGUUACCACCUGUGCUGGGGAUGCAGUGUAUGUACUUGGGAGACUACCCUUUUUCUCAGUCACUUUAUUUCUGUCCUUCAUGAGUUGUCUUUUUGUCCCAAAUGUGAGCUUCCCAACCAUCUAACCUAACCUCAUGAAGGAAAUCUGACUCACGUGAAAGGUCUUGUCCUAGUACAGUCUUUGCAGCUUCUAUGUGGUAUUGUGAUUUUUUCAAAUGCCACCACCUCGCCCUUCUUAUCUGAUCCCGUGUUAGCUAGAUGGGUAUUACCUACCCUUUUUCUUUUUUUUUUUGUUUGUUUUUUUUAAACAGCAGACAAAAAUUGAGGUAGGGUACAGGAUUUCUCCAAGCCCAAACGAUGAAUCACUGGUUGGAUUAUUGUAGUCCCAUGUUUUCUGACUUACAGUCCAUGCUUAUUUUACAGACUUUGCUAUUUAAAAACCUGUCCCUGCCUUCUGGCACUCUGUUGAUUUCUCCAGCACAGCCAGUUCCUUUGUGCUGUCUGCCUACCAGACCUUUGAGUGAAAUUACUGAGCAUUUUGGUAAAGUUUUACUUUUUCGGCUUAAAUGAGGAGCACAGCACAAAGUGGAGUGACUGGUGCCUGCUUUUUUCAGUGCUGUUCCAGUUCAGACUGUCUCUGUCUGACCAAGCAGAGAUCACUAGCUGCACAGGAUUGUGUUGUGUGGUGUUAUAUGUGGGUGGAGUUUAUCUUGAGUUCACCCAUGUCAUUGUGAUUUCCACCUAGCAGACUAGAGCACCAGAAACCCUUUUACUUGACCUAUUACUAAAACUGUUAAAAACAUCUUGCAUUACGACUCAAGUUAGAUGACUCUGUCUCAGAAAGCAAAACUGGUAACUUUCUAUCCUAUUUAGUUGUAUUCUGCAACCAAAUUACAUUGUUUAAAUGGUACAUCCUAAAGUAUUCAGGUUUAGAAAAAUCUUCUGAAAUGUAAAUAUGUAGAAUCAUGGUUUCAAGGGUGGUCUGGGCCAGGCAGGCCUGCACCAGGCAAAUCUGAAAUCUGUACCAGGCAAUUUUGGUAGACUGUAUAAUAAAGCGUAGAAUUGGCGGCCACCUGGGUAGGUAUGAUUAUUUGGGAAGAGUCAAAGCAGCAUUUGUAACAGAGUCCUGUCUUAGGGAGCUGGAGUUCUUUGGAGGCAUCAGCAAGAAUUAAAAAUGUUUUGGUUCAAAAAUCAAAGUGAACUUUAUCAAAAAGGCUUUUUAAGGAAACUAAGGAGCUAUAAUGUAAGAAGGAAGGUCUUUGCACAAGUAAAUGACAGAUUAAAAGGUAGGAUCAAAGGGUAGAAGUAGGUCAGUUCUCAAUUGAAGGAGGGUGCCAGUUAUGUUCCACAGAGAUCUGUGCUAUUCAACACAUUCGUAAAUGGUGUCAAUAAGGGGGAUGAGCAAUUGGGUGAGCGAGUUUGCUGUGAAGAAGAGAGCCAGCUGUGGAGAACAGUAGAAGGACAUUAAAGUGCUGAGGACUGUGCAACAAAAUGGGCGAUGAAAUUGAGUGUAGGUAAAUGAGGAUAACUGAGGAGCACUGGACAGAACAAUCCUGAUUAUAUAUAAAGAUGCUGAGUUCGAGCUGAGUAUUACCAUUGAGGAAUAAGAUUUGGGGAUUGUGAUUGGCGAUUCUGUGAGAUCAUGAGCUCAUUGAUCACCAAAAUACAACCCAAAUGUUAGAGGAAAGAAAUACAGAGUAAAAUUGAGAAUGUCAUUACCACAGUGUCUAGUCCAGUUGCCUCCCGAGUGCUGCGUGCACUUCUGGAGCCUUCAUCUCAGAAAGGAUUUAUUAGAACUGGAAGAGGCUUAGAGAAGGUCAGCAAGAAUUAUGGGCUACGUGGGGUGGCUUCCAUAUGAAUAACACUUCUGUAAACUGGGACUUUGGUCUGGGACAGGAAUGAAGUGAGGGCAAUGUCGUGGAGAUCUGCAGAGGAAGGAAGAGGCAGACUAACCACUGCCUUUCAAAACAAGAACCUAUACAGUUAAGAGGGAAGGCAGAUUCUGAGCCCUCAAAAGGAAGAGGUUCUCUGUAAAAUUGGUAGUGGAGAGACCUGUGGGACAACUUUUCGAAAGUAUGCUGUACAUAUCAGAAACUGAGACGGUUUCCAGGGGGAGUGUGGACUACUGCUUGAAAGGGUGAUGUGCUGAAAGUUGCUAAACAGACAGAAACCACAUAUGGUUCAGGAAGUCCCUGACAUCAAAGUAGUUGGAGGUCAGAAGAGUAUCAGUGAGAAAUACCACAUGUUCGUGACCUGUUCUGUACUUUUGGCUGUUAUUGGAGACAGAAUACUAGCCUAGAUGUACCAUUAAUCUAGCCCCCACACCUGGUCUUAUUUUUAGAUGUCUUGGGACAAAGGAAAAUAAUGUUCCUUAUGAACAUCAAUUAGUUCCUGAUCAUAUUAGUGUAUAACCUUAUAUACACCUUUAGGAUGUGUGUUUGUGUUUACUUGUACAUAUACAGGAUUUGCUUUUGACUAGGGUUUAUUAUAAAAGUGACAUGGUCCUAUAUGCAGAUUAAAUAGUAACCGAAGUUUGCUUUCACAGAAGCAUCAUUACUUUAAAAAUGGAUGCAGAUUAUUCUUGGGGAGCGGGGGGGUGUGUCUGAUUCCAAAAUACAUGAAAGUACUUUUGCAGGUUUUAAACAUUCUAACCGUAAUUACAGUAUCAACAUUAUUUGUAUCGCAGCCUCUCCAAAGUUUUUAGAAAAACAUCUAUGCAGUGCCAUAGAGAUUCUUAAAAAGCCCAUAAAACCACAAUCAUCAGAUGGGUUAACUCUAGGCAGCUCUUGUUUCCUUUAAUUUAGUAUAUAAUCAGGAAUCCUUUGGAACAUUUAGUAACCAAAACUGAGCUCUCAAGAUUUAAAGUGGACGUAAGUAAUUUGAAACAUGGAAAGCCCACAAAGAGAUGCUGGAUAGUAUUGUGAUUUUUUUUUUUCUUUAAAUUACAGACUAUUAGGUCAUGAUAAAAUAAAUGUUGGUAAGUUCAUGUUCUACUUUUCCAGAAACUUAAGAAGAAAAAAAAAAAAGGUAGACAUGAUAGAAUUUUUCUUCUAUAUUCUGAAAAAUGUUAUGUAAUACUCUUUCUAGUGUAGCAUAUUAUAAGAAUGAGUUAUUUUCUAAAAUUAAAAAGCUGUUUAUCCAAUUUCAUGACUGUAAUACAGCUUUCAAGAAUUGCAAAUAGUCUUAUCAUGAAACAACUGUGUUGUGCUUAAUAGUCAAAUCUAUAUAAAUACCUAUUUUUGUAUGAUGGUUACUGUCCCACAGCAACCUAGUGUUUUUUUCCUCCAAAUGCUUGCUUUAUUAAUUAAUAAAAGGUAUGUAUAUUUAACAUGUGUUUACUAGUGGAAUCUGUGUAUUUACUGUCCAGAAGAAGAGAAAUGGGUUUAUCAUUUUAGUGCAUUUGUUCCUCAUACUACCCAUAUUUCACACUAGUUUGAAAGGAUUAGGGGAGUUUCCUGCUCAACUUUAUGCCAUUUCAGUUUCUCUGUUUUGUGGAUGUUUUCCAAAAAAACCCAACAAAGACUGUUAAAAUUUUGAAUUGAUGAAAUAUCUUAAUUCUUGGUUUUGCUACCUUCUAUAUAGUACUCUUUGCAGCAUAAUCAUUGGUCUGCACACAGUAGAUAUUAGUAAUGUGCUGUCACUAACGGUAGAUACAAUGGUUGCCUGGUUUUAGUUUCAGUGCUUAUGUUAAUUCAUUAUGUUCUAGAUGUUAGGCUGUUUCCCUGAGGGGUAAAGUCUUAUGGGUUGUUAUCUCUAAGUCAUUCUUAUGUUUAUACCCAAGAUCGCUGGAUAGAUAUUUUCACUGUUUUGCCCACAUCAUUCCAUUUUCCUGCAGCAGCUUUUGCAGGCAGUUCUGCUGCUGCAUGCUUGGAUUUGGUUGUGUCUUCCUGCAGCCUGUGCAUGCUCUCGCUGCUGUCCUACCACGCUUCCUUGGCCACCCCCCUAUACUGUAGGCUAGAGCUUGAAUCCAUGGAGAAGGAUUUCUCUGAACUCAGCUGCCUGCUAUAAGAAGUCCUGAAGUUCAAGAUAGUAUAAAUACAGCCUUGUAUAUAUUUAAAAAAAACCCCACCAUAACUAUCUGUUCUUUUGUGAUUAAUUUGCAUAUGUGUGUGUGCUGCCCUUACGUGAAACACUGCUGUACAGUAGGGACAGUGCCUACAUCUUUGAGUGGUUAUUUACAAUAGCUGUUGUCCAAAAAUGCAAAAGGCCAAGUGGCUUCACCCACCUCUCAAUGCCAUCUUGUCCCGCUGGUGCCUCAGCGUGGACCCCUUUGUCUUUUCACGUCUCUCCACCAGCUUGUGGGAGAACAGGAACUGUAAAACCCUGGCCGAUUCCCAGCUGCUGUCAGGUAGUGUACCUGUUGGCUCUCUCCCUCUCGCUGCCUGCCUUACAAACGGCCAUGAUGGCUGGAGGCAGGGCUCUGGAGGUCAAGAUCUGUCCCUCCUGCCAUUUGGCAGUGCCGUGUUUAUAGACUGUCGUGCCAGAUGUCUUCAUUGCUUUAGGGCAGAAACGUGUGCGUACAUGUUGCUGUUCGAAUCUCUACCAAAUUAUACAAUAAAACAUGCAGAAAAUUAAAUGAAGUAUCACUUUGUGAAAGCGCAAGCAUGAGCCCCUCCUGGCCUAGGCUGGCUCCCUGGUCAAACCCACCUUCUGGUUAACAGUCUCACCCCAGCAAUGCCCAUUCUUCCUCCUUCUUGUUGUCCAGCACCAAAGCCUCAGCUUGAGCUUCCAGAGGUAGAACUCAGGCCACAGAGAGACACCUCCGUUUGUUGCUCCCUUCUCCCUCAAGCGCCAUCCAGCCAAGAACAAAUGGGGGAGAAUCAGCAUCUUCCUACCAAAGGCAGGAUUCUCCUCCUAAAUGUGGGCAAAGGUGAACAGGCUUCACUGGCUGUCUCCUUUAAAGAGCGACGUGCUGUUCAAAUAAAUGCAGAUCAGAUGGCCUGCCAAGAACAUACAGUGAUGUAGACCCGUGCAUCAGUCAGAAGACUGAUUUUAAUUCAACACGGAGAAAGGCACCCCUGAAGUCAUCAAUACUUCAACAUCUUUGCCAGUUAAGCAUGGAUUUUUCUUACCUGCUUGACUGUUUCCAUUGGUGGGAACACCUUCCCCAGUUAAGAUCCUCCCUUACUGAGUUACUGAAAGUAAGAGGGACCUCUGGAAGUCCUGGGUUGGCAGCUAGACCUUCUACUACCUGCAGCUACUCUGAGAUGAGGCUUCUGCUGCGAAAAGUCUAGCAUUUUUCUACAAAGUCCAUCAGACCUACGGCUCACUCUGAAGUCAGUGCAAGUGUGCAGUAGGCACAUUGGUUCUUGAUGAUCCAGGAAGGAUGGCUGAGCCUUGCAGGGCUGCAGGUCCCAGCGUGCCAUCCUGCAGUGGUGCAGGCACUUUGCCACUUACGCCCUCAGCCCCUUCCAACAACUAUCCCAGCAGAGGUGUCUGAGGGAGGGAGGGUUAAAUCUGCACCUUCACAGACUGAACUGCCUAACGAGAGGCUUGCAUAAGCCUCUCGUUACAGCUUGCUUGCUGUAAGCCCACAGCACAAGGAAAGCAGGAGGAGGCUAAAUGGUACUCCUUCUUCGGUUGCCUUAACCCAGGGGUAGAUUCCUUCGUCUUCAGGAGCUCUGGCGACAUUUGCGCAAUUUUAACAGCCCCGGCUGAGAGGGGCAGAUGUGCUGAGAUUUGUAGUUCAGUUUGGCCACAGCACCAUGGAGGUGCUGUCUGACCAUCACUUUGGCUCUCCUGAGCCACAGUAAGUGGCUACGUUGACUGUCUCUUGACUUCUCCAACUCGGCUCCCCCAGCUAUUCCUGGCUGCUUGGACAGAGCAGGUUUCCUCUGUCAGUACUUUUUUUAGUCAGGUGGCUGUUAGUCACCCGAUACAGAAAAGAAGAAAAAUGUUUACUUACACUACAGUAAUUGUGGCUCUUCGGGGCACAUUCUCCACAGAGGCACCACAAGCGAUCUCUUGUCCUUCGCUCUGAAGGAGUCUUUACUGUUGGCAAACCUGAGAGAGGUUAGACUGGGGCAUCCUGAGCUUAGUUUGCUCCAUUACCACCCUGAGCAGCAGCAGCUUCUGGCUGCCUUGGCUUGCAUGUGUUCAUCCUCCUUCUUCCCAAACCAGGGUGCCAGUCUGUUUCAGCUUUCCAGUCUUCACACCACGCUCCCAGCUAGGACGUCAACUCUUGCCCACGUAUUUCUCUCCCGUGACCCUGCUUUCAUCAGCCACAGUAAACCUUGCCAGCUCCUUCCAUCUAAAACCCUGAGACGGGUGCACAGGUUUGGGAGCAGCAGGUCUACAGCAGCCACUGAAGAGGGAGGUUGCCGCUUCCCAAGGCAGCUCGUUGAUGGCGGUGGCACAUAUCAUGGCUCCCGCCCCGCGGCACGAGCGAAGAGCGGAACUGGGAGCUGCCAUUGCUGCAGACCGCAAUAGGCGGUGCGGUGACGCGCGUGGCACUGUUCGGGAGCCCUUUGCCUUACGCCACUGCUGGUAGCAGUUGGGGAGGGUUCACAGGCACAGCCUGGAUGGACAUUACUGUCUGCGGAGAGCUCGAUCCUGUUCAUGUGAGUACAUGCUCACCUGGGAUCUGUGUGGACAGCACUUCUUAAAGAAUCACAGUUUCCAUAGGACCAGUAAAAAUGGGAAGUACUGGAUUCUGGUUUCCUCCAAGAAGAGUCAGCGGAACUGGUUAAGACCAAAAUCUGAGGACUUUAGUGGGCAAACAUCAGUCCCCUUUUGCUUUCUUUUACGACCACAUGAAACUUGAGAAGCCAUCUAAAGCUAAAUCAUUUAGUGGAGUUGGGCAAUUCCCAAGUGUCCAACAAGAAGGCCUGGUUUAGGCUGCGAUGGCCACUGUCAUUCCUGGUGAUUUGUCAGAAGUAAGAGAUACCCAGAAAGUCCCUUCAGGGAAACGUAAGCGUGGUGAAACCAAACCAAGAAAAAACUUUCCUUGCCAACUGUGUGACAAGGCCUUUAACAGUGUUGAGAAAUUAAAGGUUCACUCAUACUCUCACACAGGAGAGAGGCCCUACAAGUGCACACAACAAGACUGCACCAAGGCCUUUGUUUCUAAGUACAAAUUACUAAGGCAUAUGGCUACUCAUUCUCCUGAGAAAACCCACAAGUGUAAUUAUUGUGAGAAAAUGUUUCACCGAAAAGAUCACCUAAAGAAUCACCUACAUACACACAAUCCCAACAAAGAGGCCUUUAAGUGUGAAGAAUGUGGAAAGAACUACAAUACCAAGCUUGGGUUCAAACGUCACCUAGCUUUGCAUGCUGCAACAAGCGGUGACCUCACCUGUAAGGUAUGUUUGCAGACUUUUGAAAGCACAGGAGUGCUGCUGGAGCACCUAAAAACUCACGCAGGCAAGUCAUCGGGUGGAGUGAAGGAGAAAAAACACCAGUGUGAACACUGUGAUCGUCGGUUCUACACCCGAAAGGAUGUCCGUAGACACAUGGUAGUGCACACUGGAAGAAAGGACUUCCUCUGUCAGUACUGUGCACAGAGAUUUGGGCGGAAGGAUCACCUCACACGCCACAUGAAGAAAAGUCACAACCAAGAACUUUUGAAGGUCAAAACAGAGCCAAUGGACCUUCUAGAUCCCUUUACCUGCAAUGUUUCUGUGCCUAUUAAGGAUGAGCUGCUUCCAGUGAUGUCUUUACCUUCCAGUGAACUGACAUCAAAGCCAUUUACAAACACUUUGCAAUUAAAUCUCUACAACACUCAGAUUCAGUCCAUGCAGAGUUCUGCAUCUGCACACCAAAUGGUUGCCACAUCGUUACCAUUGGGAAUGCCUUGUCCAAUAGAUAUGGAGUCUGUCCACCCUUCUCACCAGCUAUCGUUGAAAUAUCCGCUCGGUACUACCUCAUAUGCAAUUUCUAUGCCUGAAAAAGAACAGCCAUUGAAAGGGGAAAUCGAAAGUUACUUGAUGGAGUUGCAAAGUGGUAUGCCUUCUUCAUCCCAGGAUUCUCAAGCAUCUUCAUCAAAACUAGGGCUGGAUCCACAAGUAGGGCCACUAGAUGAUGGGUCUGGGGAGGUUUCCCUUUCCAAGGGCUCCGUUCCUAUUAGCGAACCUCUAAACACCCCAUCAUUGGACUUUUCUCAGCUGUUCAACUUCAUACCUGUAAAUGGCCCUCCCUAUAAUCCUUCUGUUUCAGUGGGAAACCUCGGAAUGAGUUAUACACAAGAGGAGGCACAUUCUUCUAUGACUCAACUUCCACCACAAACCCAGGAUCCUCAAGAUCCUAGCAAUAGUAUAGGUCUUGGGUCUCUGCACUCGUUGUCAGCAGCUUUCACAAGCAGUCUAAGCACAACCACCACCCUACCGCGAUUUCAUCAAGCUUUCCAAUAGGAUGUACAAAGCUGGCUUGUUACUGUCUAUUUGUAGAAAUGCCUUAGGUGACCAUUUUUAACUUAGUGCCUACUAUAAGACAUUAUAAAUUCUCUGCUUUUGUACAGUACCAAUCUCAUGAAGCCAGUAAGAAAUUUAAAUUAACUUUUAAAAAAUGUUUUGAAAGUGUUUAUUCUCAGCUGUGUUUACUUUGUUGUUUUUUUUUUAAAAACAGUCUCAUUGUAUUGUUUUCAUUUUCACUGCCAAUUGACACUUUUCAAAUAUUCAGUAGAAAGUCAUCCCAAGCAAACUCACAACACUCAUCCCUUUUUUAAAACUUUUUCAACCAUACCAGCUAUUCCGUUUUAUUGAUGUCAGUGGUAGAACUACCACUUUUACUUUUAAUAUAUUUUACUAUUUGCAAAGAAUCCAGUUAAAAUAUAUAUCACAAAGAUUCCUGAAGAUUUGGGAAAAAAAUUUUCCAGUCCAUUUCCAAACAAAUCCUCUUCUCAAAUGGUGACACAUCUGAUCUGUUCUAUAAUGACAAGUCUAAAUUUUUAAAAUAAAUAUAGAAUUCAGAUUUUUCUGAAAACUUGUGUGUGUAUAUAUAGAAGUCCAUAUAUACACAUGUACAUAUAUAUAGCAUUCUGACUUGUAUUGAAGUCAUUAUAAAAGGUGUUAAGAAUUUUGCCAUUUUCUGGCUUAAAUUUUUGUGGCCUGUUAUGGAUAACGGAAGAAAAAAAUUUAGUUUCAUUCUCUAAAAUCAUGGCUGAACAGAAUUUCAACAGAGAAUCUCUGCUUGCCUAAAUGACAAAUGUUUCAAGUUGAAUUUGGAACUGUGUUGUUGUGCUUUCAUGACUCUGGUAGAGGGAAACAGGCGAAAUUAAUGGCUGAUCUUGAACUAUAAAAGUGUUGUAAUGUAGUAAUGCAGAAUAUUUUGUUGCAGUUUUUGUUUUAAUUCUUAACUUGCUGUUUUUUCUCUUUAGUAGCAUAGAAAAAGUACUGCAUAGGAAUCUUCCGAUAGUGUAUUCACAUUUGUAGGCAUCAGUCUUCUCCCAGCUGCCACCGCCAAAGGGUGGAUCAAGUCCAGCCGGAAAGUGUGUAUCUAUUUUCAGUUCAAAACUAGUGUGCAGUCAGAGAGUGAAUGUAAAUUUGCAAAUACCAGUUUUUUUGUGGUGUUUUUUUUUAUUGGAAUGAUCUUUUCAGUUGUGUUACAUGGUGUGUUAUGUCCUCCUAAGCAACAAGUUAGACGUUAAUCACACUUUCUACACCUGGGUACUUGGUUAGGGACUUUUUGCCCAUUGCCAAGAUUUAAAGACAGGACUCUUAGGAGUGAAGUAAAAGCAUAUUGCUUACACCACUUUUACCUAAUGCAAUAUAUUCUAUUCCCCAACCCCUAAUAACCAAAAGAGGAAAAAAAAAAAAAAAACAACCCUGUGA